AGGGUCCGGAUCGACCCCCCUCCGGUCCCUGUAGUGCAGCCAGAAGAUGCGCUUCCACACCUUCACUGUCCUUCGCUGGAGCACUUCAGAGACAACUAUCUAAUUCCCCAGAAGCCUGUGGUCUUAGAGGGGAUUAUUGAUCACUGGCCAUGUAUGAAGAAGUGGAGUGUUGACUAUUUUUGCCGAGUCGCAGGGUGCCGCACAGUCCCCGUGGAGCUGGGUGCCCGAUACACAGACGAGGAAUGGUCUCAGAAGCUCAUGACUGUCAGUGACUUCAUCAGCCAGUAUAUUGUGAAUGAGAACAGUGUGGGAUACCUUGCCCAGCACCAGCUUUUUGAUCAGAUUCCAGAACUGAAAGAGGAUAUCAGUAUCCCUGACUACUGCUGCCUGGGGGAAGGGGACGAAGAUGACAUCACCAUUAACGCUUGGUUUGGUCCAAAAGGCACUAUCUCACCUCUUCAUCAGGAUCCACAGCAAAAUUUUUUAGCCCAGGUAUUUGGAAGAAAGUAUAUCCGUCUGUGUUCACCACAAGAUUCAGAAAACCUGUACCCACAUGAAAGCCAAAUUCUUCACAACACUAGUCAGGUUGACGUGGAAGAUCCUGACUUAGAUAAGUUUCCCAAUUUCAGAAAGGCUGCAUUUCAGUCCUGUAUUCUGAUGCCUGGACAGGUUCUGUUUAUUCCUGUUAAAUAUUGGCACUAUGUACGAUCACUUGAUAUCAGCUUCUCUGUCAGUUUCUGGUGGUCAUAGCUCUGAAGCAUACAUGUGCUCUGUUAGCAUUGCAAGAGGACUUAAAAAUCAGAAGUAGCAUCAGGCAU